AUGGCGCCGGACGCUGCAGGUACAUUGCCGCCGCCGCCGCGCGCGACGGCGGUGAUUGUGAUAGGCAUGGCUGGGUCGGGAAAGUCGACAUUUGUAUCCCGCCUUGCAUCGCAUCUCGGGAAACGCAGUGCAGCCGCCGCAGCAGCGAACGCGGACCCAAGCACAGACGCUGCACAAACUGAGCAUGCGACGCGGCCAUACAUUAUCAACAUUGAUCCAGCCGUGCGGAAUCUGGGAUACUCGCCCAAUGUUGAUAUUCGUGAUACUGUCGACUACCGCCGCGUUAUGGAAGAGUACCACCUGGGCCCAAAUGGCGGGAUUCUUACCGCGCUGAACCUGUUCACCACAAAGUUUGACCAGGUUUUGCAGCUUGCAGAGAAGCGCGCAAAUGAUGUGGAUGAAAUCCUGCUUGAUACACCGGGUCAGAUUGAAAUUUUUACGUGGAGCGCAUCCGGCUCCAUUAUCACAGACGCGCUUGCGAGUGCGAUGCCGACCGUCGUCGCCUACGUCGUGGACACGCCGCGUACUACAGCACCCGCAACAUUUAUGAGCAAUAUGUUGUAUGCCUGCAGUAUUAUGUACAAAGCGCGGUUACCUUUUGUUCUUGUGUUCAACAAGACCGACGUGCAGUCGGACGAAUUUGCACGGAAGUGGAUGCAAGACUUUGAAGCGUUCCAAAAGGCACUUGCGCUUGGGAAUGCACGAGAUCCAUCCAUUCAUGCCACGCAAGGCGUUCCGGAAAAUGGUGAACCACUGUCCUCUUUUAUGAGCCGCGGCGAGGAACCUAGCUACAUCAACAGCCUCAUGAAUAGCAUGAGUCUUGUUUUGGACGAGUUUUACAAGAACUUGCGUGCCGUCGGCGUCUCUUCUGCCACUGGCGCUGGUAUGGAUGAAUUUCUUGAGGCCGUCCAGGACGCACGGAAAGAAUACCUUGCAGAGUACCGCCCCGAAAUGGAGCGUCUCUUGAAGGAGAAGAGUGCGCAGCUCGGCGCAGCCAAAGAGUCGCAAAUGAAGAGCCUGUUAAGCGAUAUGCGGCUGCGUGAGCCGCGCUCGGGGAUCUCCAAGGCGCGCGAUUCUAUCCGUGUAAACCCGGAUAAGGACGCGCCGGAGGAACCAGAGUACACGGACGAUGGCCAGAUUGUCGACCCAGACUCGGACGAGGAGCGCGCAGAGUACGGAGCACCCGGCGGCGACGACCGGCGCUCGAAGCAGUGGAAUAAGCACGAUGGAACUUACUGGCCGACACCGACGAAGUGA